CAAAACUGGAGGGAAAAUACACAAAAGCAGGACGUGAAGUCACAUGACACAUGAGGAGAGCUUAAGUACUGACACCAAUGGGAAGUACAGAUCAGCUGCAGGAGAGCUUCAGUUGUCCACUGACAGCUUUGCAACAGCUAUCAUGCAACUUAUACGUCUGGAAGCUGCAGUCAUACUUGGGAUUGUUAUUCCUCAGAUAUUCAGCAUCAGCAUGACAUCUCCUUCUGACUGUUUGGCUUCUGUGGAUACCUGCAUGUCAAAUUUAUGCAAGAGUGAACAGGCAUUUUACGGCAGCAUCUGUGAGGAUGAAGGGUGCCAAAUGAAAGGCUCAGAGGUCUGUAACAUGACUAUCCAGACCAUACUGGGCCAAUUUCCCUCUCUGCGAGGGUGUGUGUGUGCCUGGGAGGAGGAGCUUUGUGACUCUAUACAAGCGCUGGCCACACAAUGCCACCAAACACCAGCAGCUCAGCAGAAGAGGAGCACAGUAGUGGACUGGAAAUCAAGCAGUUUAAUAGGCUAUGUGUACAAUGACGCUGGAUCCUGCUUGGACCAAAUGAAAGUUUGCAUCAGUGAUGCAGUUUGCAACAGGUACCUAGCACCUGUUCUUCAGGCAUGUAUGGCAGAGCAGUGUGACCGUGACCGCUGUCAGCAAGUAAUUCAGCAGUUCUACGGCAGCAUGCCGCACAAUGUUGCAGAGAUGCUACUGAUGUGUGAGUGUGAGGCUUCAGCUCAGGACUGUCUGCACAUGAAAACUGCUCUGCACAGUGGCACAUGUGGAGAGGAGACCUGGAUGUGCCAGGAUACAGUUGACCGGUGUGUUGAGGACAGUAACUGCAGAGACCUGUUAAAAACUUUCCGAACCAAAUGCUGGAGCCUUGAAGAAGUACAAUGUAGCGACGGUGACCUCCAUAAUGCCGAAUGUUUCACUCAGAUGGAUCCAGCCCUCAUCCUUGGUGCAGAUUCUGAAUGUAAAAUGGCCUUCUUAGCUACUUUGGGCACGGCACUUCACUAUCCUUGUACGUGCAAAGGAGUGCACAAUGAUGAUCUACUGACAUGCAACAUGAUUCAUGAUGUACUUCAUAAUAGAUCACACUUCAUGACGUCUUGGAAAAGCAGCAGAAGUGGUCCUUCUAAAUCUCCUGAAAUCAAUGAAUCUGAGCAACGUCACACAUGGUCACACGAUUAUCUACUGUAUGCUUUUGCAACUGUGCUACUUGUUGGAGUUGUUAUAUUAAUGCCUCUGGCUGUUGUCAGUAAAAUAUGGAUGUUGAGAAGAAGAGAUAAACCAAAAUUUCACCAUCCGCAGAAAAGAAAUUGUGUUGUUAUUCUCUGAUGUUUAUUCAUCUAUGAAAUGUAUGCCAUCAAAAUUCAUUAAUCAACAUUUUGUUCCUUUUUAACUCAAAAUAUUUUAGAUGAUUACAUUAAAAAAAUAUAUCAGUUUUUUCACAAUGUGGAUAAGAAUAUAUACAAAAUACUUCAUUAUGGCAGCACUGUGAGAUAUAAAAUGAUAUAUUUCAUACAUGUCUUUUGUAGUGUACCCUGGUCACCCUGGUAAUUAGUCUGAAUGGUAGUGCUUUAUUAAAGAAAAUCGAUUUUUAAAAAGGGUUGAUAAAACAUAUAUUUCUACAGACGGUGUAGUCCCUCAUUCGUCCAGGAGUGUUCUAUCGUAGAAAAGGUUUCAGUCGUAGUCAUCUGUACUCUGUUACAAAUCUGGACAAAGUUAAAAGAGCCAAAAAACAGGACAAAAGUGUAACAGAACCAAGAAGGAACGGUGUCUCCAUUCCUUAUGGAUCUGGUAUGUCUGAAAAACUACAAAGGAUCUUUAGACAGCACGAUGUCCCUGUUUUCUUUAAACCAGGCAACACUUUAAGACAGAAACUCAUUCACCCUAAGGACAAGUUACCCACACAGAAACAGAGCAAUGUUGUCUACUCCAUUCAGUGCAGUGAGGAAAACUGCAAAGAACAUUAUAUAGGUGAGACCAAACAGCCACUUCACAAAAGACUUUAUCAGCACAGACGACACGCUAACUCAGGAUUACAGAGCGCCGUGCAUUUGCAUCUAAAAGCUACAAACCCCACAUUUGAAGACAGCAAGGUGAAGAUUCUAAAUAGAGAGAAGAGUUGGUUUGAACGGGGUGUCAAGGAAGCCAUUUUGUGAAAAAAGAAAACCCCUCUUUGAACAGAAAUGGUGGUCUGAGAUUCAAUCUGCCCAAAGUCUAUCAGAGUGUAUUAUCACCUUGGUCAUGCCAAUCACAUGCUGAUCAGGUACUUAACAGUGAUGAAGUAGAUGCAGCCAGAAAACAAUAGGCUUGAUUACUGAUUACUGGGCCAUCUUGGAAACUAUUAGGUCAGUUUCAGGUGAAACUAGCUAUUAACAGAUACUCAGGCAGAUUCCUUCCUGAGGGCAGGGCUUAUGUAACGCAGAGUAGCUUAAAUUUCUAGUUCCCACCCCCCAUUUUUUCACAAUUGAGAAUGACUUCCGGAUGGGAACCGAAACGUCUUGAUUCUGAAAACAGUGUCCAGAUGACUACGACUGAAACCUUUUCUACUAUAUUUUUGCAGUUAUAAAUUAAAUGUUGCACAUGUAAAAUACUGUUGUGACAAGAUCUAAUGUAUAUCAUAUUUUUAAUAUUUUCUCUGGCAUAACAAAAGGAACCUUUCUCUCUGCAGUAAAUGACUGAUCUUUAGAAUCGACCAAAAGUCUUCAGUUAUUAAUCUUUGACUUGAGCUAUCAAUCAUUAUAAGAAAAAAUCAACAACACAUCUGACACUUUAGAGAUUGCUUUGUGUCAUCAGUUGUCUUUUUGUGAUGAUUUAUUGGAGGCUUCCACUGUAUCUGAUAAUAAACUUCACUCUGAACACCU